CGACACGUCCUUGAGAAGUUUCAGAAUGCGGGGCGAUGAGGCCAGGACCUUGCUCGGGUUCCCUCCCAAUUCUCGCCCAACCCUCCCUCAGGUUAAAGCCGCUUACAGAAGGAAGGUAUGGGAGUCUCAUCCUGACCUUUUUCCUGCUCAAGAAAAGCCUCAUGCAGAAUAUAAGUUCAAAUUGAUUUCAGAAGCAUACUCUUGCCUGCUGUCUGUUGCAAAGGAAGUCCAGUGUGUCAAACAGGAAAAUACAUUAACCAGAAGAUGGGAAAGAAUUUCUGUAUCAAUGCAGAUUCCUGACUUUGUCUCGGCCAAAGCUGACUUUGGAAUGGAUUUGGCUAUAGGUACCAGAGCAGAGUUUGAUCCAGGUGCAAGAGGAGAAGGUUCAGCUAGUGUCACAAAUGCACGAGUUGUCAGAACCGGAGUUCCAAGGGCACAGGGGGGAAGAGGAAAUCCUGCUCUGAUUGGAGUCCCUUUUCUCUUUAUUAUUCUGGGAACAAUUGGACUCGGGGGACUAAAUGCUGCAAGGGCUUAUAAAAAGCAAAAGGAGGAAUAUCCUUCUCACAAUCCUUUUCUUCCUUGAUCCCCAGCCUCAGAGUGGAAUCAUGCUGCUUUCUGUUUUCUGUAAGAUCAAUGAAUUCUCUAUGUGGGUUGGUGUUGUCCAGUUCAUAAACCCAAAGGAAACAUAAGGACUUAUUUAAAAGAGAAAUGAUGUUCAUCCUUGAUUUUAUCACCUGCAAUCACAUUGUUUAUGCGACGCAUUAUCAACGGUUUUAUAUGUCUACUAAUUAAAUGAACUGCCGCUUAAAAAUGUGCCGCCUCAACAAGUGUGACUCAGGGUGACAAAAUCAAGGAUGAAGAGUAACAUUACUCAAUUCAAAAUGUUAUACUAGAGCUCACCAAAAAAUUACAUCCGAAAUAGAAGAUAUUGAUAACAAGAGUCUCA